CGUUGCCCAGUCGGGGACGCAGCUUCCGGGAUGCGGCGGGGCCUUUGUGUCUCCCGCCGCCGGAGCGUGGCGUCGUGUCUUCGCCGCUCUGCGCCCUCUGCCCGGAAAGGCCGCGGCCCCGUGACCCUGUGAUCUGCAGAAACUCGGAGCUGCGCGGCUGAGACGCCGCGACCGCCUGAAGCCCGGACAUGGGACCACUGACAUUUAGGGAUGUGAAAAUAGAAUUCUCUCUGGAGGAGUGGCAAUGCCUGGACACUGCGCAGCGGAAUUUAUAUAGAGAUGUGAUGUUAGAGAACUACAGAAACCUGGUCUUCUUGGGUAUUGCUGUCUCUAAGCCAGACCUGAUCACCUCGCUGGAGCAAGGAAAAGAGCCCUGGAAUCUGAAGAGUCAUGCGAUGGUAGCCAAACCCCCAGUUAUAUGGUCUCAUUUUGCCCAAGACCUUUGGCCAGAGGAGGGCAUAAAAGAUUCCUUCCAAAAAGGGAUACUGAGAACAUAUGGAAAAUAUGGACAUGAGAGUUUACAGCUAAGAAAAGACUGUAAACAUGUGGAUGCAUGUAAGGUGUACAAAGGAGGUUAUAACCAAUGUAUGAUGACUACUGAGAGCAAAAUAUUUCAGUGUGAUAAAUUUGUGAAAGUCUUUCAUAAAUUUUCCAAUUUAAAUAGAAGAAAGAUAAGACAUACUAGAAAGAAACCUUUCAAAUGUAAAAACCAUGGCAAAUCAUUUUGCAUGCUUUCACAACGAACUCAACAUAAGCAAAUUCAUACUAGAGAGUAUUCUUACAAAUGUGAAGAAUGUGGUAAGGCCUUUAACUGGUCCUCAACACUUACUAAACAUAAGAUAAUUCAUACUGGAGAAAAACCCUACAAAUGUGAAGAAUGUGGCAAAGCUUUUAACCGGUCCUCAAAUCUUACUAAACAUAAAAUAAUUCAUACUGGAGAGAAACCCUACAAAUGUGAAGAAUGUGGCAAAGCUUUUAACCGGUCCUCAACCCUUACUAAACAUAAAAGAAUUCAUACAGAAGAAAAACCCUACAAAUGUGAAGAAUGUGGCAAGGCCUUUAACCAGUUCUCGAUUCUUACUAAACAUAAAAGAAUUCAUAUGGAAGAUAAACCCUACAAAUGUGAAGAAUGUGGCAAAGCCUUUAGAGUAUUUUCAAUUCUUAAAAAACAUAAGAUAAUUCAUACUGGAGAAAAACCCUACAAAUGUGAAGAAUGUGGCAAAGCCUUUAACCAGUUCUCAAACCUUACUAAACAUAAGAUAAUUCAUACUGGAGAGAAACCCUACAAAUGUGAUGAAUGUGGCAAAGCCUUUAACCAGUCCUCAACCCUUACUAAACAUAAAAGAAUUCAUACUGGAGAAAAACCCUAUAAAUGUGAAGAAUGUGGCAAAGCUUUUAAACAAUCCUCAACCCUUACUGAACAUAAGAUAAUUCAUACUGGAAAGAAACCCUACAAAUGUGAAGAAUGUGGCAGGGCCUUUAGCUGGUCCUCAGCUUUUACUAAACAUAAGAGAAAUCAUAUGGAAGAUAAACCAUACAAAUGUGAAGAAUGUGGCAAAGCCUUUAGUGUAUUCUCAACCCUUACUAAACAUAAAAUAAUUCAUACUAGAGAGAAACCCCACAAAUGUAAAGAAUGUGGCAAAGCCUUUAACCAGUCCUCAGUUUUUACUAAACAUAAAAUAAUUCAUACUGAAGGGAAAUCCUACAAAUGUGAAGGAUGUUGUAAUUCUUUUAACCAGUCCUCAAACAUUAGUACACAUAAGAUAAUUUAUACUGGAGAGAAACCCUACAAAUAUGAACAAUGUGACAGAGCCUUUAACAACUUCUCAACUCUUAUUACACAUCAGAUAAUUUAUACUGGAGAGAAACCCUACAAACAUGAAGAAUGUGGUGGAGCCUUUAACAAAUCCUCAAAUUAUACUCAAGAGAAACUACAAACCUGAUAGAUGUGACAGUGAUUUUGACUACACCUUAAACUUUUCUAUAUGUAAACCAUACUGAUGAGAAACCCUAGAAAUGUGAGGAAUGUGACAAAACCUUUAAAUGGUUGUUACUCUUGAUUGUAGGUAAGAUAAUUUAUAUUGGAGAAAAAUCCUACAAGUGUGAAGAAUGUGGCAAACUUUUAACCAAUGCUGACACCUUAUUGCACAGGAAAGCACUUAUACUUGAGAAAAAACUAUAUAAAUAAUGUGGAAAAGCCAUUUAUAUCUGCUCACAUCUUAUUCAACAUCAGAGAGUUCAUACUCAAUAAAAUAUAAUUACUUUCAAAAGAUUCAAAAAAUAUAGGCCUUCAACAUGAAGAAGAGUAUUCUUAAGACAAACAUUACAACCGUAGGGGGUUGUAGUAGUUUCACUUUUAUGAUAGGUCUUAUUGUACACAUGUUGUACUAGAAGAAAACCCUAAAGCAGUUGCUCAAACUUUGUUCAGCAUCAGGGAAUUUAUAUUGGAAAAAACCCUGCAAAUGUAAUAAAUAUGAAUUUUUUUUUUCCCCAAAGCUACAGCUUGGAAAACAGAGUUCAUACUAAAUUAUAUUUUUGCAGAUGCAGUAAAUUUGAUAAAUAUUUAAUCUAAAGUCUAUGUAAAUAGAGAAUUCAUAAUAGAAAUAAGGCAUAAAGCAUUGACACUUCAGAUAUUACACUAGAGUGUUGAGUAGGAAAUAAUCCACAACUAAAAUUUUAGAUAAGUUAUUUUUGUAUGACUUUAAAAGACAAAGAUUGUUUGGAGAUUUAUAAUUACUUUCAAAGUAUCCUUUUUCUUGAAGAAAAUUACAGAUUUUUUGAAAUGCAAUUAUGUAAUUUAACUCUCAAAUUUAUGUUUUUUUUCAUUCCUGUUGUAUUCUCAUGUGAAAGCAAGUGAUCAGUUGUUGCUGCAUCAGAGAUAAGAGAUUCUUUUUUAUAAGUGGGCAUUAUCUAUGACCCUUUUUAUGGAAGAGUGAGAAAAUUAUUAGAUGCAUGAGGAAAAUCUAGAGAUGCUCUUUGUGGUUAACUUAGAAUCUUAAGUGCUGCUUGAGGUAGUUGUUCGGCCUGAUAUUCUUUUGCAUUAUAAUGAGAAAUUUUAAAAUUUUAAUUAAAAUUAGUACUGUAUCAUUUUGUUGAUUGUGCUUUUAUGUAAUGCAGUACUUUAAAAAUUUA